AAACUAGCGUCGAACGGGAGUGAGAUUCGAUCCAGUGAGCUUAACUAGCCAUGACUAACGGCUACGUGUUCCGCGAGUACAUCGGCGCCCAGAUCACGGGCGUCCGGUUCUCCGACGUGCCCGUGAACGCCGGCCUCAGCUUCCACUUCAUCCUCGCCUUCGCCAUCGACUACAUGGCGAGCAAGUCGUCGUCCCCGCCGGCGCCGACCAACGGCGUCUUCACCCCGUUCUGGGACACGGCCAACCUCUCCCCCGCCGCCAUCUCCGCCACCAAGGCGGCCCACCCGAACCUGAGCGUCAUGGUCGGCCUCGGCGGCGACAGCGUGCAGAACACGGGCGUUAAGGUUGCCUUCGCGCCGACCUCCGUCGACUCCUGGGUGGCCAACGCUGUCUCCUCCCUGUCGACGAUGAUUAACCGGUACGGAUUGGACGGCGUGGACGUGGACUACGAGCACUUCGGCGGUGCCGACGUCGACACCUUCGUGGAGUGCAUCGGCCGUCUUCUCACCCAGCUCAAGGCGCGGUUCCCCAACAUCAAGACCUCUAUCGCGCCAUUCGAGGACGUCGAGGUCCAGAAGCACUACAAGGCACUGUGGAGCAAGUACUCCGGCGUCAUCGACUACAUCAACUUCCAGUUCUACGGCUACGGCGCCAACACCAACGUCGACUAUUACGUCAAGUUCUACGACCUGCAGGCGCGCAACUACCCCGGCUCCGGCGCCAAGCUGCUCGCCAGCUUGGAGACGGGAAACAUCACCCAGCAGCUCGGGCUGCUCUCGCCGGAGCAAGGCAUCGCCGGAGCCAAGGAGCUGCUGCGGCAGGGCAAGCUGCCGGGGUUCUUCAUCUGGUCAGCGGAUAGCUCCAAGGCGAGCCCCUACAGGUUUGAGUUCGAGACCAAGGCUCAGCAGAUCGUCGCCAACCAUUGACGGAUGGACGCGUCCAUGUUUGCGGCCACACUUUGACGUCGUCUUAGUCAUCUAUAUGCACUUAAUAAGACAAGUUUGUUGCAUGCACCAUGUAUACGAAGUCACGUGAUCAUGAAAGCGCGGAUAGGUAAACUUAUUAUCUCUAACGGGUAAAAGUGAAGUUUGGUUCGGUUCAUUGUGCGCUAACCAGCGUUCAUGAAGUCGUUAAGGAGUACGCACGCUCAACAUGCAAGAAAAAUUCUAAGCUAA